AUGAACACCUUAAACGGAAAUUUAAAUACUGUAACCAGCGAUGUAAAGUCGCAAGGUGCAAUUAUUGGAGGAUUAAAUACAAGAAUCGCUGCAGUAGAAAAAAGCUUGUCCGAAACCGUGCAUUGUAAACCACCUACUACUACUCCUCUUGCUCUGAAUGACAUUACUCAUGAAAUCCAGCUACGAUCCCGUUGUGCUGUUCACAUCAUUAUUCGUGGUGUACCUGAGUCAUCUGUCAAUACAUCUGCCUCUUCCUCCUCAGCAGACAAAACAUUUGUCAAAGAAAUGUUGGAUAAACUUGAGCCCAAACUGCCUGAAACGGUAAUUCGCAAAGUUUUUAGGGUUGGAAAGAUUAUCAAUGACAAACCACGACUAUUAAAAGUAGAACUCACCUCUCAGGAGGAGGUGAACCAUGUAGUAAUAUCCUUUCUACGUCUUCGCUCCAACAUUCCUGACGGGUAUUCCCAGGUAUCUAUCACCAGGGAUCGCACACCCUCCGAAAGACGUUCAAUUUAUGAAGUACAUCAGGAACUACGUGAUAGACAAGAAAAGGGUGAAUCCAACAUCUCAAUCCGUUACUUCAAUGGAUUACCCAAGAUUGUCCCAGCCAGGACCAACAUAUCACACCAGUCAAAAAACUCAGAGAAGUAG